UUGUUUUUGCUGCUGGGGUCACACUGAUAUGUUCACAGAGAGAGCUGAUUGUUAAACAGCGAAAUGAUGCCCAACACUGCUGAGACUGACAUUUAGGGAAGUUUAAUAGACAAUAUUGUAGUUAAGUGUUGGCUAUGAGUAGAAAGGGUCAGAAAUACACAGCUCUGACAACUCCAAUUCGUCCCGUCUGGAAGCUGAUUGGCUUAAUUAAACGUCGGGCUCAGUGUCUGAAAAACUAUUGAAGAGAGCCAUCCUAUGUUUCCAGGUGCAGCUCCGAUAUGACUAAGAGAAGCUCCUCUCUGCAGCUUGUCAAAAGAGGUUAGGUACAGGUGAACAUUUCCAUUACGAAAUGUGACAGGAUGCUGAACCAUCACUGCAGAAGGAACCCUGAGCUUCAUGAGGAGCUACAGAUCCAAGCGGCAGUGGCAGCAGGGGAUGUCUGCACUGUCAGGAGAAUGCUGGAGCAGGGAUACUCGCCUAAAAUCCGCGAUGCCAACGGCUGGACACUGCUUCACUUCUCUGCUGCCAAAGGAAAAGAGAGAUGUGUUAGAGUCUUUUUAGAGCAUGGAGCUGACCCCACAGUGAAGGACUUUAUUGGUGGCUUCACAGCACUUCACUAUGCUGCUAUGCACGGCAGAGCACGCAUCGCCCGGUUGAUGCUAGAAUCUGAGUUUCGCAGCGACAUUAUAAAUGCAAAAAGCAACGAUGGCUGGACGCCACUGCACGUGGCUGCCCACUACGGACGAGACUCAUUUGUGCGCCUCCUCCUCGAGUUCAGGGCCGAGGUGGACCCGCUGAGUGACAAAGGGACCACACCACUACAGUUGGCCAUCAUCCGUGAACGCUCCAGUUGUGUACGGAUCCUCCUGGACCACAGCGCCAACAUUGACAUUCAAAAUGGCUUCCUGCUCCGAUAUGCUGUCAUCAAAGGCAAUCACUCCUACUGCCGCAUGUUCCUGCAAAGGGGAGCGGACACUAAUCUCGGACGUCUUGAAGACGGCCAAACCCCCCUGCACCUGUCAGCCCUCAGGGACGAUGUGUUGUGCGCCCAGAUGCUCUACAUGUACGGAGCUGAUACCAAUACGAGGAACUACGAGGGCCAGACACCCGUAGCUGUAUCUGUUAGCAUGUCUGGGAUCAGCCGGCCCUGUCUGGACUUCCUGCAGGAGGUCACCAAACAGCCUCGGACUCUACAGGACCUGUGUCGAAUAAAAAUCCGUCACUGCAUUGGCCUUCAAAGUUUGAAAUUCUUGGAGGAGCUACCAAUCGCAAAGGUUAUGAAAGACUAUUUAAAACACAAGUUUGACAACGUGUGAAGACGACGACAGUAGAAAAGGAGAGGUUUUUACUGUGAACUCUCUGCUAUUGUUUAUAAAGACUAUGCAAUCACUAUGAUCCUCGUCUGGAAGAAAGGUUCACAGGUCUGUUCUGUACACGCUGAAGGGACAGUUAGUCCAGUUUGUCCGUCUAGUUCGAUGCAUUUUCUGCUCCUGUUCUCCAGUUCUGCCUUUUUACAGUUGGAAAUGGAUCUGCCUCACUUGAGCAACGGCGAUGGUGUUUGUAUGAAAAGAGAACCUCAUUUUACAACAGAUAGCAUUGUUACAGUUAUUAUCAUUUAUGUUACUGUAAAAAUAUGCAUGAUGUUAUCCUUACUGGGUCCUGUUGUCAUCAUGUGCAUACUUGCCAGUUAGUCCAUUUUAAUCUCCCCACCCUCCAUCUUUUUUGUAAGUUAUAGAAAGCUAAACCUAAAUUGCUGCAGUAAUAAUUUUCUUUCCGACUCAAAAUCGGUAAAGUGUUAAGCUUAUUGGAUAAUGAUCCCUUAAAAAACAUCUACAAGGUACACUCCCUGGUUUCAUUUUAUCACCCAAGAGUGAGGAUAAAAUCACAAAAAAGCCUAGUUCCAAAUCAUCACCCACAUGUCCAAAUUGUUCAGUGGCAUAUUAAGCAAACACCACUCUUGUUGUGCUCAUUGACCAGUUAUUUCAAGUGAAACCAGUCAGAGCUUGGCAGGUGAGAUAAGCAAUGGGACAUCAUCUUCUUACAGAGGUAGCUAUGUAGGAAGAGAAAAGUAGUGUUAACGUUUGUGCUCAGUUCUGCUUUGAACAGAAAGCAGGAAGAGGAAGCAAAAUGUGGAGCUAUAGACGGCUGUGCGAUGGACAGUCAGAUUUGUUUUUGUUGCAGGACUGACUCCGAACUGCAGCAGACACAACAUUAGAUGUACUACUCCAAUGAUAUUAAAGCAAGCUCAUUACAGUACACUGCAACACACCAUUUUCAACCUGUUAGAAAUCCAUCUGAUGUGCCAGUCAGACCGCCACACACACACACACUGAAUGUCAGAAACAACAGUCGACCUGGUGUCAGUUCAGCUCAAAGGUCAGUUUUAAAAUGUGUGGGGUGCAACCUGUUUGGAGUAGAAUUAAAUGACACUUUAGCCUUAUUAGUAGGCUACAUAAUGGCCUCCAUGCUCACUGCUGAUGUGUUAGAACGGAAUAGAAUUUUACAAUAGCAAUAGUAAGCUGAAAGGACAUUUUGAGGUUUGGAGCUGCUUACAGGGUGCUGUUAUUCACAAUCAGGGAGUGUGUUUAAGUAGGCAAGAAUAUAACAUACAGCUGAAAUGAUUUUUGAACUUACGUGGAUAAUUUGAGACUAGCAGUUGAACAGUGAAAGCAUUCUGCAGUGAUCAACUGUAAAUCCAGUUCUUUCUCCCAUGUAUACACUAUACUACAUUUGAGUUUGGCGUGAGAGCACUGAUAGAAUUCACUUCUGAAAGCACCUCUUUUCCUCACUGAAGCCGUUUGAUGGAAUCAUGAAUAAUAAGGUCUGUUUUGGAUAACACGGACACACAAACUACGCUAGAAGCUAAAGUCAAUGUAAAUAUGUUACAUGUAUAACAGAUAUUUUUGUAGAAUUUAUUUAAGCUAUGAUCUCUGGUAUUCUUAAUGUAUUUAAAGUUUGGAAAGUAUUGUGAUCUGUUUGGUGUGACUCAAGUAUUUCUUUUUUUUUGUCUGAGUUGAAGUACUCUAUUGUACAAGAAUAAUUCAAUCAAGUGUUUUUUGAGUUUUAUGGCAGAAAUGUUGGUUGCUUUCUUAAAAUUCAUCAUCUCUUGCAGGAAUCUCUGUUGAGAUUCUACUGUGAAUUUUUCAUUUUGACAAUUUAAAAUAAAAUGUAGGAUUUGGGGUCUAAACAAUGGCCACGCCACAGGAAA